GAAUCAGACCUAGCUUGAAUAAAAUGGCGCCCAAGUCAAACUGCAGCCCUCUCCUCUUGGCCGCCCUCCUGGUCUCCGUCUUUGCCGCUGCCGCCGCCACCGGCGAUUACUGCUACGCCGGGUUUGGUCUGCCGGACAGUCCGCUCGAGGGCUGCCGUGAGUACGUGGCGCACCAAACCUGUGGCGCCGGUAUCCUCGGAGCGCCGCCCGUCCCCGUCGAAACGUUGAGGCAGCAGUGUUGCCAGGAGUUCUCACAGAUUCGGCAGCACUGCCGGUGCGAGGCGGUGCGCUACUUGAUGGGAGGAACAUUAUCUCAUCCACACAGCAGCCUCCUUGCCCGGCCCGGAUGCCCCACGGAACCGCAGAGGGACUUCGCCAGAAUGCUCCCCACGCCGGCGCAGUGCAACUUGGUGACAGAAUACAACACUCCAUUCUGCUUCGAAAUGGACGAACCUAUUGCUCGUGAAUAAGCAUGCAUGAUGCAUCCAUGGAUGUGUGUGACAUGCAUAUAUGCAUAUGUGCGCUCUGCUCAGCAUGUGUGGUACUAUAUGCUAUGAUUUCAGAAUAAAGAGAAUCAUUUUAUGGUUCUUAAUUAAAUUCCAA